AUGCAUUGGAAUAUCGAAUCAGAUGCCGGACUGCCACAAAUUCCUCCAAGAUCACCUAUUUCGAAUCGAUCAACAGUUUAUACAAAUGAAAAAAUGACUGGUGAUUUUUUUCAGAAUCUUGCAUCUAUGAGAUUGUAAGUUUUUUCAAGAAAAAAAAUCAGAAAAUACGUUAUUGUUUAUUAGACAAAAAGAGUUAUGUGAUGUUGUAAUCGAAGCUUUUACUUCUCCUCUAAAUUCGCCAGAAGAUUCAAGACAAGAUGAUUUGACAAUUCCACAAUUAAUUCAUGCACAUCGAGUUGUUUUAUCUGCUUCGAGUCCAUAUUUUCGAGCGAUGUUUACAACUGGAAUGAGAGAAUCAGCAACGAAGCAAAUUACUAUGAAGGUUUGAAAAUUAGAAAGUUUUGGAAAAAUUAUAAAACUUUUCAGAUCUAUUUUUUCAGGGGGCUUUUGAAAUUAUUAAACCAUAAAAAAUUAAACUUCCGACAUUCAUUAUUCAGAAAUCUUCUGGUCAAAAAAUCACAUCUUUUUUUAAAAUUUGAAUUCUGAACUACAGUAAUCGUUGAUAAUUUUUAAAAAUCCUGUGUUCGAAGCAGUGGUCUUCAAAAAAUUAACAAUAUCAAACUACAGUAUUUUUUCUAGCUUGGAGAUUUCACAAAUUCGAUUUUUCUUGUUCUUUUUUUAACUGAAAUUCUGAGCUACAGUAUCCCAGCAAUUCUUCUUGAGAACAUAUCUCUAGCUACAGUAACCCUAACUAUUUUGUUUCAGGAAGUCGAUGCAGAUGUUCUUUCUCAAAUAAUUGAUUAUAUGUAUACUGGUCGAAUUGUUAUUGAUGAGCAAAUUGUCCAAACAAUGCUUUCCACUGCAAAUCUUCUUCAAUUAAUUUGUGUCAGAGAUGCAUGUUCCAGGUAAAUAUUUCUGUAAGAUAGCCAAAUUUUCACUCGGAAAAUGUUUAUUUUCAGAUUUCUGCUGGAACAAUUAGAUGUUACAAACUGCCUGGGAAUCGCUGCAUUUGCCCGUCUUCAUGCUUGUUCUCAACUCGCACACGCUGCUCAACUUUUCACCAGACAACAUUUUGGGUUAGAUAUUCAGGCCCCUAAAUCCAAAAAAAAAAUAAAAUGUAUUUCAGAGAUCUUAUUGAUAAUGAAGAAUUAUUGAAUUUGGACAAAGCGAGUUUUAUUCAAUUAAUUGCUGAUGAUCGAAUUACUACAAAUGGAGAAGAAGCUGUAUUUGAAGCAGUUAUAAAUUGGACACAUCACGAUCUUGUAAAUCGAAAUAAAUAUCUUGUUGAGAUUUUGAAAGCGGUUAGAUUGCCAUUAUUACCUCAUAAAUAUUUACUGAAUCGAGUUUAUUAUGAACCAUUGGUAAGUUGAUUUUUGAUAUUUUGAAUUUGGAGCGAAACGAGCUCAGCUUCGAGUUUCUAAAUUCAUAAAUUUUGAUCAUGAAUUUAAAAAGGGAUACUGUGUUUUGGCUAAAAAUUCAUAUAUUUGCAGAUUCGUCAGAACAAAGAUUGUCAAGAAAUGUUAUUGAGUGCGUGUAAAUUUUUAAUCGAAAAAUCAAUGAAUGAUAUUUCAACAACAAAUGCACAUCGUCGACCAUCUUUAGCAAAUUCAGAGUCAGAUAUAUCUGAAAUGAUAUUAAAUUGUCCCCAAUGGCUUCGUCCUCGUCAACCAGUUCCAUUAUCUCAAUUUGUAAUGAUUGUUGGUGGCCAAGCACCAAAAGCAAUUGCAAAUGUCGAUUUAUUUGAUCCUGAUUCACAUUUAUGGAAUACUUGUGCACCUUUGCCACAAAGAAGAUGUCGAAGUGGUGUGAAUAUUUGUCGAGAAUUAGUUUAUACAACUGGUGGUUUUAAUGGUGCACAAAGAGUUAAAUCAGUUGAUGUUUAUGAUCCGAGAAGAGAUGUUUGGAUAUCUGGAUAUCCAAUGGAAGCAAGAAGAUCAACACAUGGAUUAGCUGUAAACGAUGGAAUACUUUAUGCUGUUGGAGGUUUUGAUGGCUCAACCGGUUUAUGUAGUGCUGAAAUGUUAGAUAGUCGAACUGGUUCCUGGUGUCCUUUACCAUCAAUGAGUACAAGAAGAUCAAGUGUUGGUGUAACAUCAUUAAAUGGUUUGAUAUAUGCAAUUGGUGGGUUUGAUGGUGUAUCGAAACAAUGUUUGAAUACUGUUGAAAUCUAUGAUCAACGAGCAAAUCAAUGGAGAUCAGGACCAUCUUUAAUGAAUGUUCGAAGUGGUUCUGGAGUAACAAUUUGUGAUGGAAAAAUAGUAGCAGUUGGUGGACAUCGAGGAGCUGAUAUUCAUCAAUCUGCUGAAGUUUUGAUAAAUGAUGAAUGGAAAGAGUUACCAAAUAUGACAGUUGGAAGAAGAAAUGCAUCUGUUGUUGCUGUCAAUGAUUAUUUAUUUGCAAUUGGCGGAGAUGAUGGAUCAAGUAAUUUAUCAACUAUUGAAUGUAUUCAACUAACAGGAACUAAUUCUACAUAUUCCGAUAAAUCGUGGCAACUUAUAGAGGUAUACAUAUUUCCUGAAACAUUGCCGAAUUUUUUCUAAUAUAUUUUUUUCCAGACACAAAUGCCACAAGGUCGAUCAUAUGCGGGUAUUGCUCUAUUACCAAAAGAUGAGAUCUAA